CAAAACAGAUAUUUCCAUAUAUUGAAGACAUUUUCCAUGGCAAAAGCAGCUAAACAUCUCACAGAUAAGAGAUAAAUUGGAAUAAACAGCUGUCACAGUUAAAUAAAUAUCCUGGAUAAUGUACAGGACCAAAAUAACUGCAGCAUGGUCGAACUCCUUUCUUCACUUUAUUUAGCUGUUCUUGCACGUAGCUCCCAAUCUUUCCACUGCUUCAGUUAGUGGAGCAUUUAUUUUUGAGUCAGCUGCAUUUGUUAAGACUGUAAUAACGAAAGGCAUUUCCUGAGAAGCUGCAAGGAUGAGCAGCAAGAAAGAACAACAGCUAAGGAAAUUCGGGACCCUAGUAGUGCUUUUUAUCUUCCAAGUUCAGAUUUUUGGUUUUGAUGUUGACAAUCGACCUACAACAGAUGUCUGCUCGACACACACAAUUUUACCUGGACCAAAAGGGGAUGAAGGUGUAAAAGGAGAUAGAGGAGAAGUGGGCAAACAAGGAAAGGUUGGACCAAAAGGACCAAAAGGAAACAAAGGACCUGUGGGGGAUGCUGGUGAUCAGGGAAUGCUUGGGAAAAUUGGCCCAAUCGGUGGAAAGGGUGACAAAGGAGCCAAAGGCUUAUCAGGGGUCUCUGGAAAAAAGGGAAAAGCAGGCACGGUCUGUGACUGUGGAAGAUACCGCAGAGUUGUUGGACAACUGAAUAUCAACGUUGCUCGUCUUAACACAUCCAUCAAGUUUUUAAAGAAUGUUAUAGCAGGUAUCAGGGAGACAGACGAGAAAUUCUAUUACAUCGUGAAAGAAGAGAAGAAUUACAGAGAAGCCUUGAUCCACUGCAGGGACAGAGGAGGAACACUGGCCAUGCCCAAAGAUGAGGCAACUAACGCCCUGAUUGCUGACUACAUCUCCAACAGCGGCCUCUUCCGAGCCUUCAUUGGGCUGAACGACAUGGAGAAGGAAGGACAGUUUGUGUAUGCAGACAACAGCCCACUGCAGAACUACAGUAACUGGAAGGAAGGGGAGCCUCAUGACCCAGCUGGGCGCGAGGACUGUGUGGAAAUGCUCAGCACGGGAGAGUGGAACGACUCCGAGUGCCAAGUCACCAUCUACUUCGUCUGUGAAUUCCUCAAGAAGAGGAAAUAA